UUUUCCAUUGCUACGCUGGAGAGGAUGCAUCUGACAAUACUUUUGGUCUGCGUCGGUUCCUGUCUUCUGACUCUAGAAGCCGAAGGGAUCCACCCUACAGAUGGGUCACAUAAAAAUGAAACUCUGUGCCGGCCCGAUCUCUGUCCGCACUCUGACGAGCAUUUGGGCUGCUUAAGCAACAAUACUUAUGGCAAGAAAUGCGGCAAGGGCGCCCGAGUCAUCCAUGUAAACGGUGGCCUUAAGCUGGGUAUCCUCGCGCAGGUUAAUACGCUGCGCAACUACAUAGCCAGCGGAGCGGGAAAGUUACCAGUGGCCGGCCGCAUGCCCACAAUGGGCUGGGAUACCAAUCUGCAGCGUCUAGCCGAUCUCCAGGCCCGCCAGUGCGACGAGAAUUAUAGGUUUUGUGCCAACACAAACAAGUAUCGCUAUGUGGCCACCACCGAAAUCAAGGGUAUGAUUGGUAAGCACACCAAUGUACGGCAUGUGAUUCUUUCAAGGUUCCUGCCCGAGAUGUUCCUGGAUGUCUUGGACUGUAAAAUGGACAGUGACCAUCGCUUGGAACCCAUCAAGCAGGGCUCCUGUGUGGGUCACUAUGUACCGCUGAUUGAGGAUCAUGGCGACCGGAUGGGCUGCGCCAUUCGCGUGGAGGCACAGAAAAACAAUAGGGACAAGGCCCACAAAAAGAAAAAGAAGAAGUCUCGCGAGGAUCGAUCCGUGAACAUCAACCUCAUCUGUCACUUCUCGCGGGCCAAUGUGAACAGUCAGAAGCACUACGAGGAGGCCAAAGACCCCACUUCGAAAUGUGUCACCGGAUCGAACCGAAUGUACUCGUAUCUGUGCAGCCGCCAGGAGGUGGUGGAUGCCAAUAUAAUUACGAAUGAAACCAGACACCUCGCAUCCAUAUGAAUCUAUCGAAUUGUGUCCCAAUAUAAGCAUGACUUUUUGAUUAAAUGGUACAUUCGUUGUGGUA